AUGGGCGCUGGACAAUCAACCACAAAAGUUUCCGAUGGAAGCUCAGAGGCGGAACGAAUUCGAAAAGCGCAACAUCAUAUGGCAUCUGCUGGAUCUGAAUGCCCAAUGACUGCCGAGCAAAAAGCCGCUGCUGCUGGAGACGGCUGCGGUGGAUGCCCAGUUGGUGCUGAUAAAUUGAAUCCACUUAAUAAUGAACUAGAACAUCCAAACCAAAAACCAGCCCCUGAUCAACCAUUCCCACUUCCUACUGAGCGUCAAAAGUCGUCCAUUCCGAUAGCUGGAACUGAGAAAGAUACAUGGACCUAUCCAAGCCCUCAAAUGUUCUGGAAUGCAAUGUUGAAGAAGGGGUGGAGAUGGCAAGACGACCAGCUUUCAGAAAAGGACAUGAAAAAUAUAAUUGCUAUUCAUAAUGCGAAUAAUGAAGAGGCAUGGAAAGAAGUUCUCAAAUGGGAAAAUCUCCUUCAUCCGGAGUGUGCUGAGCCAAAGUUAAAAAGCUUCAAAGGAGACGCGAAGAAUAUCUCACCUCGGGCGCGUUUCCGCAAGCUUCUUGGCUAUGAUUUGCCAUUCGAUCGCCACGAUUGGAUCGUGGAUCGGUGUGGAAUGAAGACGGUUCAAUACGUUAUCGAUUAUUAUGAUGGUGGUGCAGUUGAUCCAUCAUCCAAACUUUUCACUGUACUCGAUGUGCGACCUGCGAUGAAUGAUCUUGGAAAUAUUUGGGACAGAAUGGUUGUUGCUUAUUGGCGCUUCAAAUUCGAUACUCUUGGACUUACACCUAAUUUGCCGAUUCCACCGACCGAAGGCCAUAACGUGCAACAUCAUCAGUAA